GGGCUGUGUUACCAACAUGCCAGGCCGUUCCAGAGCCUGUUCUGUCAGCUCCACAGAGUCUCCGCUGCCCAGCGCCACAAAGACAAAUGACAAGACCAGGUCAGACCGCAUGUAAAAUUAAACACGUCACAGCAGAGUUUACAAGACCAGAAGAGGAAACAGAAGUUAUUCUUCUCCUUACAGAGAUGGCCGGUGGUUGCCUUCGACGCUUUAGCUGCUUCUUGGCAUACAGUGCUUUGCUGCUGCUUGGGGUUUCACUCCAUGAUGUGGAGGCUUCCAGUUGUGAUUGUACCAUCCAUAAAAAAGUUGGAGACACUGUAGAGCUUCCGUCAUGCUUACCAAGUAAAGGGGUCAACUCAGCAUUUUGGAUAUAUAACAAUACAAAAGUUGCAGAUAAGGAUGCAGAUGUAACUCAUCCUCAGUUCAAGGGCAGAGUAGACCUAAACCGUACAGAUUUCAGUUUAACAGUGAGAAGACUGACUCUUCAAGAUUCUGGUGUUUUCAGUUUAGUCUCAGCGGUGAAUGACACGCAAAGGCCCACAGUCUUCAUCACUCUGCAAGUUCAUAAGCCCAUAAUGAAGCAGCCUAUCCUGACUGUAAAUUCCACCUGGCAUGCUUCGAAUGAAUCCUGUACAGUUGUGCUGGAGUGCAGUGCAACCUCUGACAGAAAGGUCUCCUACAACUGGACCAUGAUGAACCAAACCAGUAGCGGCUCCCGGCUGCAGUACAAUAUCCAGCCAGAGGAUGGAAACAUCAAUUUCACCUGCACGAUUUUCAAUUCUGCACAAACCUUUGCACAAGACACAAGCUGAUGUAUUUCUGCAGUGGCCAGGAAGUGUUCAUGUGUCAACGUUUAUCAAACCAGUUGAAGUUCUCUGUGGUUUGCAUACAAGGGAAGGAAACACAGGCAGGGUGAAUUCUAAAGAAGUUGGAGAAAGUCUCAUCUCAUCUUCCAUUUACCCGAAAUGUAACUUCUCUCUUUCUCUUUCUGCUGCAUUAUUAUUAAAGCAAAGUAGAAACAUUUGUCAGACUCAGAGCAGCUGAGUGACAGAGUGUCAGUGCUGGAUGUGAGGAUGAGGUACACUUUGAUCUGUAUGCUGGGAUUAUUCUUGCCGGAUACACUCUUCUACGGACACUUUGAAGGUACUAUGGCAGAGGACCCAUCAAUGAUUCAUUACCGCCUGAAAAACAGCUCAAUAUGUCUUCAUGUUAAAAAACCACCUCCAUAUCGACGUGGUCAGUGGAUAUUUGCUGGAAAAGUGAUUGCUUCUCCUGACUUCAUCAACCCCAUUUACAGAGAAAAAGUGGAUUAUGAACCUAAGAACCUAAACUUGUGUGUGCGUGAUCUGAAUGAGACAAACAGUGGAAUCUAUAAAGUCUCAUUCUAUGACUCUGACUAUACUGUUAUCACUGAGUCUCACAAAGUCAUUGUUCAAGGUAAGUUCUACACAGUACUUACUGGAUCUGCUUUAUGCAUUCAUACAUUUCUGAAUUUGGUAGAUUCUCACACAUUUCAUGACAAUAAGCAUAAAAUAAUCUCAUUAUCUUGACAUCAUGAAAAUGCAAAAAUUGUUUUUUUCUCAUUGCAACUUGUUAUUAAUUUUCUUGUAUCUCACAUAUUAAAUGUAAGACAUGCUAAGUAUACUCAAUAUAUUGUGGUGUUUUUUCUUACUGGCAGCCAAUGGAGGGUGCCAUUAAAUCAUCUAAUGACCAGUUUAUUUAUCUGCUGGCUGGGUGUUGCAGAUGCUGUUCCCAGACCUGUGAUCAGGAUGUCAGUGCUGCACUCCAACCUGUCUGCUAGACUCUGCACCAUCACAAUUAACUGCUCCAUCCAGGAAGACUGGUUGUGGUCUGUCUGUGAUGAGGACGGUUGCAGAACAUCUCAGAGAUCACUCAGCAGGGUCAACAUAUCCAUCUCCAUUGACAACAGAACUAUUGUCUGCAGUGGCAACAACCAUGUCAGCACGAACAAUGUUUCUGAAAGCGUAGAGGCAACGUGCUUCAGUAAAUCUAAUCCUGAACUCAAAGAAGCAUCACAACCACUCCUUGUAAGGGUGAUAGUUAUUGCAGUGUUUAUAAUCCUCUGUACAUUUAUUAUCUUCAUGGCUAAGAAGUGCUGUUCAACAGAAAAUAAUCACCAUCAGACAUCUAAUGCACAGUUGAUGCAAAUCCAGCCAGUGGAGAUGCAGCCACAAGAGUCUCUACCUAGGCCCAGGGUCUCCACCUCUUCAAGUCAAGCUGAUGUCACCUAUGAAAAUGAAGAUGAGCCACAUGUGCCAGCAAGACCAGCAACCAAAUCAUCAGCCUAGGGUAGGAAUUGGGGUCCAGGCAAAGUCAGGAAGUAGAUACUGUUUACAGCCUUUUACAGGCACCAACUGUGACGGCCUCUCUGGGCAAGAGUGACAACGGUGAGAAUACGAAAGGAUACAAGAAGAUACAAGAGGCAACGGCUUCACAGACUGUCACUCUGGAUGAGGCAGAGCACACCAGACAGAUUGACACAGUGUACAGUGUAUUGCAAAAACCAAAAAGUCUGAAGUCACAACACCAUCAACAGGACAAACAAGAUGUGGAGAAGCCAAAGAUUCAAGAUUCAAGAAGUUUAUUAUCAUGUGCACAGUAAACGCAGGCAGUUACACCAUACAAUGAAAUUCUUACUUUGCUAGUCCACCCUUCACGAAAAAAGUUAAAUUAAGUUAAAAUUUUAAAUCACAAGUAUUUAAGUUACAUAUAAGUUACAGUAUUGCACAGUACAGUAUUAUGCAAAAAACAGUGAUCCUGACUUGACCGAGCAACAGGUCAUAAAAGUGUACUACAUUAUUGCAAAUAUUGCAAAGAGUGUAGAAAAUUGUCAUAAAGUGCACUAUGUAAAGACAUGAACACAACAGCUGAAAGAAGAAUGUUAUAAAGUAUUCUAUGAAAACCAGAAUGGAGAUAUGGACAUUUAUGUAGUAUUUACAUUGGUGCAUGCAUCACUAUAUGCAUUUGUUUUAUACUUUUUAAAAAAAUUUUUUUUUGGUAUUUUGGUAUCUGUUUUCUUUAAAAUGUGUCUAAACAUUAUUGAGUUCUGUUUAAGAAGAUAAACUUUUGUUGGAGCUCA